AUGGACUCGCCAGCGACGACCCGCUCGAGGAAGCGCACGGCGUCGCCACCUCUCUCGCCCGCUUCCGCUUCACUCGUCGACGAUGACACGGCGCAACCACUGGCGAAGAAGCGUGCACCGAGGAGCACGGCGGCAGAGAAGCACGCGAGGAAACAGGCGAGGAUGGAGCGCAACAGGAUCGCCGCCCAAGUCUCCCGAGACCGCAAGAAGCAGCACACCGACUUCCUCGAGGCACGCGUCGCCGAGCUCGAGGCGCAGCUUGCGUCCCAGUCUCCCUCGACUUCCCUCACACCCACUCCUUCCAGGGUCAACCUCCCUCUCGCCGCCCUUCCCGCUCGUCCGACCGCGACAGACCCCCUCGUCGCCCAGCUCCGCAAAGAGAACGAGUCGCUCAAGACUCAGCUCGCCCUCGAGCAGCUCCAGUCGCAGUCGCUCCAGAUCCGCCUCUCGUCCCUCGAGACCAAGUUUGGCCGACUUGAGCGCCUUCUGAGCCAGGCAGCGACGUCGACUAGCCCAGCCACACAAGCAGUCGAGCCGGAGACGACGAACCAGACGUUGACGACGGAGACGGACAGCUCUCGCCUCGUAGCACGCGAGGUCGACCUUUCCCUGCAGCGGAAGCUGUCCCACCCGUCGUCUCGUCUGGCGUCUCGUCUCUCGGCCUCGACUUCACCGGCUUCGACCAGCUCGCGUUCCCCCUCGACUCGUCCCUCCCGGCGCCCGACGCUGUCGGAGAUUCUCUCGUCGAUCCAGGUCCCGCCGUCGAUGCCAAUUCCCUCUUCGACAACAACGACCUCGUCGCGGCUUGGACAGACUGGUCGCAAAGUAUCGGCAAUCUCGACGAGGCGACGAUUCCUGCCAUCGACAACGAGCCGGCGGCGGAUUUUGACCUCUUCGACUUCUUGCGACAAGACGCUGCUGCGGGCACGGCGGCUGAGGUUGCGUGUUAGGCAGUAA